AUGAGCCGCCUCGCCGCGCUGAUUCCUCCCAAGCUGGCAUCGCCCUCGGCGAUUGGUGCACCCUCGUCGGCGGCCCGCAUGGCCAAGGUCGUCGAGUUCUACUCUGCGCUCCCCAAGGGUCCGGCCCCGAAGAAGCGCGUCGGUGCUUCGCCCCUCGCCCGCUACAAGGCCCGCUACUUCGACGGCCCCAACGCCUCGGCUGCCCCCUUCCUCCACGUCAUUGGCGGCCUCUUCCUCCUCGGCUACACCAUCGACUACAACAUGCACCUUAAGCACCACAAGAAGUGA